AUGGAUACAAAAAAUUUUUUAAGAGUUUUUACAGUAUCUGCAUCUGUUUCCUACUUAAUAUCAUCAUUGAUUCUGUUUCUUAGUCAUAAUUUAUAUACUACUUUUAUAUUAGGUUUUUAUGGAAUAUUACUGUCUAUUUUAAUUCUAUUAUCUGAAUAUUAUGAACAAUAUUCAAACUAUUUUAUAAAAUUAAUUCCUUCUUUAAAGAAAAACAGUUUUAAAGGAUAUUUAUUAAUGAUAAUUGGUAGCUUAUACUUAGGAAAAGAAUCAAGAAGCAUUUCCAAUAUUAGCGGAUUACUUCUAAUUUUUUGUGGUUUUUCUCAUGUUAUAUAUUAUUACAUUAACGAUAUUAUUUAUAUGAAUUAUGAAGAAGGUGUCAUUGCUUUUAAAAGGCCUAUAAAUUUAGAUAAUAAUGAUAAUUAUGAUGAGUUAGUUAUAUAA